GCAUCCCUCUCCUGUCGCCAUAGCAACCAGGCAGGCAGGAAGGGAGGCCGGAUGCAGCAUCUGCAGCAGCAGCAUCCGCAGAGGCAGAGAGAAGAGGUGGCAACGGGGACUGAGUGGAGGAUGAAGCUGACGCUAACAGACGAUACUGAAGAUGUCUCGCUUGACUUUGGCAAUGAGGAAGAGUUGGCAUUAAGUAAAGCAAAGAUCAGGCACCCCCUGGCCACCUUCUUCCACCUCUUCUUCCGGGUGAGCGCCAUCGUGACCUACUUGUUCUGCGACUGGUUCAGCAAGAGCUUCGUCGCGUGCUUCGUGGUCAUCCUCCUCCUCCUGUCCUUCGACUUCUGGUCCGUGAAGAAUGUCACUGGGAGGCUCCUGGUCGGCCUGCGAUGGUGGAACCAGAUCGACGAAGACGGGAAAAGCCACUGGGUUUAUGAAGCCAAAAAGGUCCCUUCCAGCACUGCUGCCCCGACGGAAGUUGAGGCCCGGAUCUUCUGGCUGGGCCUGAUCAUCUGCCCCGUCAUCUGGACCAUGUUCUUUUUUAGCACACUGUUUUCCUUGAAGCUGAAGUGGCUGGCGCUCGUGAUAGCUGGCAUCUCCCUCCAGGCCGCUAACCUGUAUGGCUACGUCCACUGUAAGUUAGGAGGACUGAAGAACCUCCACAAAAUUGCCGGAAGUUUUCCAGCUCAGCAGAUGUUCCAGAGGGACACGUCAGAGGGAUUUCAGAAGACGGGUCUGAAGGGGACUGGGACAUGAAAACUGCAAGAUUCUGCGGCCAAAGGAGACCCACAUUCUAAAUAGGGAAUGCUGUCGACCACUGACACAGCGCACAGCCCAU